AUGCCUCCUCUUCGGUGUUUGGUGAUGAAGCAGUGUCUUCGAGUGACUGCGCUUCCUGAACAGCUCUGGUCCUUGACUACCUUACAAAAGGUGGAUGUUGUUGGCCCCUCCGACGAAUUGGAAAAAAGCCUCCGAAAUGUUGAGGUCAAGAAGGGUUGCAAGCUCACUCUUCCAAAGACUGUUGCCAUGGCAAGUUCAUCAUCAGGUCAAGGUGCAACACCAUAUUCACUUUUCAAGUAUGAUGUUUUUCUGAGCUUUAGAGGCUACACAAGACUCAGAUUCACAGACGCACUCUAUCAUGCUUUGAUCAACAACGGAAUCGACACCUUCAGAGAUAACGACGAGCUGAGAAUAGGCGAGGAACUUGAAGGUGCUCUUCUAGAAGCAAUUGAAAGAUCAAGGACGAAGCGACCGGUGUUACCAGUUUACUACUAUGUGGAAAGAUCAGAUGUGCAGUACCAGCUCAAUGAAUAUGCAAAAGCCAUGACUGAUCAUCAAGAAAAAGGCAGAUACAAUCACAAGUUGGAAGCAUGGAGGUCAGCCUUGUCUCAAGUAGGCAAGAUUUAUGGUCAACGCUGUGAUCAGAAUACACCAUUUGGUAUGGCUAUUAACAAGAUUGUGGUAGAGGUCAUAGAAGGACUUCCUCCUUUGCCUCUGUAUAUUCACCGUCCACUUGGAUGUGAUUUUAAACUUGAAGAGGCAAAAUCACUUCUACAGAUUGAUUCAUCUCAUGCUAGCCGUUUGAUGCUGGGAAUUCAUGGAGAUGGUGACCUAAGUCAAUUUGUUGCGGAGUUGUAUAACAAGAUUAGGUGUGACUUUGCAACUGCAAGUUUUCUUUCCAGUAUCAGUAAGAAAACAAAUGCAAGUGGCGGUGGCCUAGAAGAUCUACAAAAAACGCUUCUUUCUGAGAUGAAAGAGAAGGUAGACAAUAAGAUCGGAAGCACAUUUAGUGGAUCUUUUGAAAUGAAACGAAGACUAGGCCAAAAAAGAGUUCUUCUGGUUUUGGAUGAUGUUGAUAAUAUACAACAACUGAAAUCACUAGCUGGAGAAAUCGAUUGGUUUGGUCCUGGCAGUAGGAUCAUCAUAACAACAAGAUAUGAAUAUGUGCUAGAUGAGCAUGCUGGUGUUGAUAUUAAGAAAUAUCGCUUCGAUGAAGGUGGCAACAGAGGAAGCUCUACUAUGAUGGAAGAAAAUGUAGUGGGAUUGGAGAAAGACUUGGAUGUAAUAAUUGAUCAACUCAAAGAAGAAGAUCCAAAGGGGAGGAAUGUUGUUUCCAUUGUUGGCAUGGGUGGGUUGGGCAAGACUACUCUUGCCCGAAAGGUCUACAAUAGCGAUGAGGCCAGAGAGCUAUUUCCUUGCCGCGCAUGA